AUGGACAUAAACCUAGAAGAAAGAUCAUACACCUCCCCACUUUUGCGCUACAUAUACAAAAAGGACCAGAAAUUAAGUAAGAAAAAUGGGGAAGGAAAGAACAAUGGAUUUAUACCGUUCAGCAUUAGAUUAAGUAGUUUACCAAUAAAGAAUACUAGUGAUAACAAAUAUAUGUCAAACAUAAAUUCAUUAAAUAUAAUUAGCAUGUUGCCGUUAUCUUUAUUUUCAAAUUAUAAUAGUAACAAUAUGAGUUCAACAGAUAUUUUAUUUUUACCAAAAUUUUCCACUUUUCUUUUUUUUACAAUACCUAUAUUCGUGAUGCUUCCAAAUUUGACCUUAUACACAAAGCACUGGUUUUUCUUUGCCCCCAAAUAG